AUGCCAGCGCUUGUAACUUAUAGAGAAUUAAAUGAAUCGCCUGUGGGUGCAAGUGAAGUACCAAAAUUUGUUGUUCGUGGUAAUCAGUUGACAAUAAAUUAUGUUGAUGAGACAGACAAUGGAAAAUAUACCUGUCAUGCGAGUAAUGAUUACGAUAAAGUUGGACUCAAAGCUGAAUAUAUCCUCAAUGUCAUUGUACCACCACGAUUGGCUCCCAUACCAGCGAUUGAAAAAGAACUCAACGAUCGUGAAUUACAAAAUGCCAUAUUUCAGUGCCGAGUUGAAAGAGGUUCAGCUGAAAGUCUUUCUCUUGAAUGGCAAUACAUGAAUAAUACAGUUGUGCAGUCUACAGAUGGAAUUUAUGUUGAUACAUCUCAAUUUGAACAACAGAAAUUUAUUGAAUUACGCUUCAAUCCAUUAAGACGUGAACAUUUUGGAAAUUAUUCAUGUGUGGCAAGAAAUCUAGCUGAUACAACAUUUGUCAUUGCAAGUCUUUAUGUUAAAUUUCCACCAAUUUAUGUUGGUUCAAAUACGCAAACUGUAUCGUCAGUUCCAGGCUUUCGAGCUGUUAUGAAAUGUCUGUUUGAAUCGUAUCCCACACCCGAAAUUCAAUGGAUAAAAAUGGCACGCACCUCUCAAGAACCUGAAGGUCGGAUAUUAGCAUCGGAUAUUGAUCAAGGCGUAAAUGACAUUACAACAAAACAAAUUGGAUCAACAUUAUGGGAAACGGUUCUGUCGUAUACUCCAAAUGAACGUGAUUUUGGAUUCAAUUUUGAAUGUCGUGCAACGAAUCGAAAAACUAGCCGUCAUUCAUUUACAUUACAAAAAUCUGCCCCACCUCGUGCGGUUUAUCCCACUGAAGCAAAACCGUUGGCCAAUGCCAUUGAACUUGUUGUACAUCCUCCAGAAACAGGUGGUCUACCCUUAGUUCAAUACGUCGUUAAAUAUGAACAAAUUGGAGCGAAUCAACCAGAUUCGAUGAAAACACUGAUAUUUCCAGCUCAAACAAUGAAUGGUGAACAAACUCAAAUUCUUCGUAUCGAUAAUUUACAACCGAGUACUGCGUAUAGUAUUAAUAUUUUGGCUGAAACACGUGCUGGCAUUGGUCAAUCAAAAGCGCCCAUUCGUCUGAAAACACUCGAUCGUCAAAUUCCACAAUUUAAAUUAUUAUCUACAACACCUGAAGAACAAAUGUGUAUUGAUGAUCACAAAUGUUUGAUUAAAUGGUCAAUUGAAUCGGAUGGUGGUGCACCAAUAUCAAAAGCAGAAAUUUUUUAUGCAAAAUCAAAAGAUGAUAGUAGCUUAGAAAUUGUAGAUAAAUUUAGUGAUCCACAAACGAUUGAUCCUCUAAAAACAGAAUAUGAAUUGACAAAUUUACAACCAAAUACAAAUUAUAUUAUUGCUAUAAGAUUAUAUAAUGAAGCAGGACCAGCUGAACAAAAAAUUCGAAAACAAACAAAACCAAUUAUGAAUGGUAAUAUUUAUUCAACAUUAAAACCUGAUAUAAAAAAAUAUCGUCGUGGUCAACCAUCAAAAUGGAUUAUAUUUGGAAUUGUAUUUGGUAUUGUGGCCACAGCAUUAGUAGUUAUACUUCUUUGUGUACUCAUUAGAAUAUGCCGAAUAGGUGCAAAUACGACAAAAACAAAUGACAUAGAUAAUCCAACAACGCCAAUGAUGAAUGGUGAAAAUCAUUCGGAUAUUUCAAAAACAAGUAAUGGUUACAAAAAUGGACAGUCACCAGCACGAAAGGUUGAUGAUUCGGUGUAA